CUCAAAGAGACCUAUAUUUGAGUAUAUGUAAUAAGAAGUAAUUAUUGAUCGUGGGUUAAAAGUAUUAUUAUUUUAAUUUAAGAAGGCGCUAGAUUUUUGAAAAAUUAAAGGAGGCGUUUUGGCCGUUUUUGGUGUGAUUUUCGCGAGUCGGACAGACAUGUGGCCACUCACUGUAUCCCGGAUGUCGCUGAUAAAUCUUCUGCUGUCUUUGCAUACGCCAGUUCAAGGCGUGGUGUCUCAGUCCUUGGGAUUUUACCCUUUUCAGCUUCGUAGAAGCAAGCCAUUUGCCCAUCAUUUUCUCAAGCCUCAAGCAGUAUUGAAAAAAAAAUCUACCUGGGACCAGUAUCGUGUGACAUCUCAAGCCACCAGUCGUGCCAUCCUUCAAGGCUUGACUCUCAAUCUUGGGGACGGUUCGUGGGGUGGUGGGGUACAUGAGCCAUGUGGCAGAUGGUCUGGAGCUGUCCUUUUCGUUGGCAAAAGAACAUGGAUCAGCAACUGCCUUAAAUUAUCUUCUCAUGUGGCCCUGGGCUGUGAUGACGUAUCUCCGGAUGAAGAAGCUGGCCCUUCGGGUCAAUGAUGCAGGGGAGCUGGAUGCCUGCAAAAGAUUUUGCUUCUCGCGGCUCUUGAUGCAGAUCUGGAGCGAUUCGUUCAAAGUGAGC